AUGGAGUCGUUCGUCAUCAAGACGCCCUCCUCGAGCGCCAACAUCGGCCCUGGGUUCGACGUCAUCGGCCUCGCCUUGACCAUCUACCUCGAGCUGCACGUCACCAUCGACCGCUCCAAAGGCUCGUCGGAGCACCCGCUCAACUGCCGCGUCACGUACGAGGGCGAGGGCGAGGCCGACAUUAGCCUCGAUCCCCAGAGCAACCUCCUCACGCGCGUGGCCCUCUACGUGCUGCGAUGUCACGACCAGCGCGCCUUCCCCGUCGAGACGCAUGUGCACAUCAAGAACCCGAUUCCGCUCGGCCGCGGCCUCGGCAGCUCGGGCGCCGCUGUCGUCGCCGGCGUGAUGCUCGGCAAGGAGGUCGGCCGGCUGCACCACCUCGACAAUGACAGGCUGUUCGACUACUGCCUCAUGAUCGAGAGACACCCCGACAACGUGGGCGCUGCGCUCUUUGGUGGCUUCGUCGGCACCUACCUCAAGCCCCUGACGGCCGCCGAUGUCGCCCGUACCGAGAUCCCUCUGAGCGAGGUCUUGCCGGCACCCGCCGGCGGCGUGGACACGGGCAAGAAACCGCCCGAGCCCCCGAUGGGCAUUGGCCACCACAUCAAGUUCCCCUGGGCCAAGGAGAUCAAGGCCGUGGCCAUCAUCCCCGACUUUGUGGUGCCGACGCACGAGGCGAGAGCGGUGCUGCCCGAAAAGUACACCCGGCCCGAUGUCACGUUCAACCUGCAGCGGAUUGCCCUGCUACCCGUCGCCCUGGGCCAGUCGCCUCCCGACCCCGAACUCAUCCACCUUGCCAUGCAGGACAGGAUCCACCAGCCGUACCGCCAGACGCUCAUCCCCGGCCUCACGGAGGUUGUCGAGUCCAUGUCGCCCAAGACGCAGGCGGGAUUCCUGGGCGUGUGCCUGUCCGGCGCCGGCCCCACCAUCCUGGCGCUCGCGACGGACCACUUUGAGGAGAUUGCAAACAAGAUCAUCGACACGCUUCGACGAUGCAACGAGAAGAAGGACUUGCGGUGCGAGUGGAAGGUCUUGGUUCCGGCGGAGGGUACCCACGUCAUCCGAUAG